CUUCCCUCCCUUCUCGCACCCUGCCCCUUGCGUUGCCAUGGGGACCCAGCGCCCCCCCCCCCCCCCCGCCCCAGCCGGCCUGUGGCGUUGCGCCUGGCCUGGUCUCCUCCGACGGUGGUGGUGGUGGAGACAGUGGGAGGCCAUGGAGCCUUCACGAACCAGCGUGGAUUCGACGGGUAAGCGGUCGAGCCUGGGCCGCUGCAAGCAUUUCUUUUGGCUGGGCGUCGUCUUCGACACGGUGGGCGUGGCGGUGCUGUUCACCGGCGUCUUCGCGGACCUGCUCUUCUACGACAUGCUGCUGUACCUGGGUUCCAUCAUCAUCUUCCUCAGCCUGCUCUGGUGGAUCUCCUGGUACACCGGCAACAUAGAGCUGCUUCCCGAAGAGUCCUCCAAGAACGGCUCCCAUAUGCCCCCCGGCCCCACGGCCGAAACUCUUCACCAGAGCGUCAGCCACCGCUUCUCCUGGACCAUCGGGAGCAUCUCCAACACCUUCCGGAUCCAGCGGCGGCACCUGCGGAGGUCCCUGAAGAGGAGGGCAAUCCUGACCAUGACUGUAGCGGGCCUGGAAGACGAGAGCAAGGGCAAAGAUGGAAGGGAAAGCGUCAAGGACAGCAGUGACUCUCAAGAAAUCUGCAAAGAGAAUUUGGGCCCCAAGCCUGAAGAUGGUAACAAUCCAGAGGCAGUUGGCUCCCAGGGCCCUGAAGCUGGUGGUGGGCUGACCCUUCCGAUGGGGCCUGUGUUCCCACCAUCCCAUCUGGACCAGCCCCUGUCUUCUGCUAUCGUGGCCUCAGAGAGUCCCUCUGUGGCCCUCUUGGUCUCUGCUCAGCCACCUCUCACUACUAGGAGCCAGCCUGCCGUGUCUGUGGCCUCUAAGAUCCAGCCUCCCGUUAACCUUUCCUUGAGCCUUCCUGCAGCCCCCGUGGCCUUUCAGAGCCACCCGGUGAUGCCUGUGUCUCCUCCGAGACCCUUCCAGGUCCACGAGGCCUCUGAAAGCCAGCCCUGGAAUCUUCCUUGGAUUUUUCAAACUCAGCCUCCAACUGUUCGAGCAUCUGGAAGUCAGGCUAUGGCCACCCACGUCCCAGUGAUGCCUUUUCAAACUGUGGAUCCACGGGUCUCACAGGCUGUCCAGGACUUUCAGCCCUUCCUUCCCACUCAGCAGACCUACCACAGCAGCCCUUCAGUCCAGGAGAUUUCUCCAAAUCAGUCUGCAAGCAUCCUGGAGGUUCCUAGGGAGCCAGUUGCUCAGGAUUUGGAGGUUCUGCCACUACCCAGCCAGAAGCUAUAUCAGAAGUUUCCUGAGGGUGCAGCUUCUGCUCCUGAGACCCAGCAGUCCAGCCCCUCUGAGAGCACCCCAGAAUCUGGGGCAGUGAAGAAGAGUCACCCACUCCUGUAGGGACCAGACCCCAGCCAUUUGCCUGGCUGACCAGACCUCUGCCAAAACCCACCAGUGUUUCUGCAGAUUUAGCUGCCUACUUCAUAAAAGCACAAAUACUUAGUCAUAUUUUGGAAACUUCCAUCUGGAGUCCUGAUCGAUCACAAACCAACAGACUCACUAGAUUGCCUAUGCCAAGUUCCACUGUGGACAAAUUUCUAGCUUCUGAUAAUAUUUAUUGCCAGAAUUUUAAACCAUAAUAAACUAUACUGUUUCAAAUGAA